GUUCCGUGGAACGCGGAAGUGACGCGCUCCCUUGCUGUCAAGCGUUCCAGCGUGGGCGGUUUCCUCCCGGUGCGAUCCCCGGCCAUGGCUGGUCUGAGGCCCCGGGAGAAGGCGGGCUGCCGGCAGUUACUGGAGCAGCUGGACACCGCCGACCUGGUGUCUCUGACCGAGACGGUCACCAACCGAAUGAUCCAGGUGUUCGGCAGGGAAGGUGCGCUGGGGUCCGAGCAGUUAUAGGGGGGCUGGGCUUUACCACCAAUUCCCCCCAUAGUGUUUACACAGCAAAGCAUCACGGGAAACGUAGUUCACAACAGCUGGAGUGGUAAAAGAUUGCCUCUUAAAGUGUACUUAUAAAUCAAUGACAAAACAGGAAUCCCUUGUUGUUGUUUUUUUUUUUUUUUGGUACAAAUGUAUUUAAGCUUUAGGACAUAUUCAAAUACCACCAUGCUUUCAGAGCUGAAAGGGAUAUAUAUUAAAUUGUAUGCUUUAAAAAAAAACAAAAAAAUGUUGGUCAGUGCAAGCAUCAUAUCAUCAAUAGAGAGAACUAUUAAAAAAAGGUACAUGUCUGAAUACAAAUUCAGCAAUGAGGUGAAGAGCAAAAUGCUUCUAAAAUUUAAAAUUUUAAGUAAACUUGCGGUUGUUGGAGGGUUAUCAUAAGCUGUAGAGUGUAACCUGGUGUUCUGAGGUACAAUCUAAAUUUUAAUUUUAAAGGCUGGAUUUCGAUGGAUUUGCAGUUUUUAAGAAUUUCUCUAUUGCUGUGUUCCCAAGGAAAUAAAAGGUACAAGUCAGAAUGGAUCCUCCAACAUUACGCUCAUGCUAAUUGGUUGUAUUUUAAAAGGACACUAAAGUCACCAAAACAAUGUUAUCUUAAUGAAGCGUGUAGAUCAAGCCCCAGCAGUUAAGCUGCCAACCAGCAGCUUCAAGGGGGAAGUGAAGUACCGGUACUUCCAUAUAGAAGAACUGGAUUUUACUUCCCUAUGAGAAGAAUUCUAUUGGGUAACCGCUGAGUUUUAUUGGAGCAGUUGCAUCAAUUGCCACUCAUGUGGCAGUUUUAUAUGGUCAGGAAGGAGAGGCUGUUAUCCCUGAUGGUUUCCCCAAAGAGGAACAGUGAUAAGAUAAAAAGAUAAGUAAUUUUAUUUUCAUAGUGGGACAAUAUUAGGGAUAUAUAGGCCACCAGACCACUUCAUCUUAUUGAAGUGGCCUGGGUGCACGGUCCCUAUCCCGUAAAACAUUGCAGUUUUAAGAAAUUGCAAUGUUUAUAUACUGCAGGGCUGUAGUGGCUGUCUCCCAGACACGAGGACGUCCACAGUCUUCAAAUCCCCUAUAGGGAAGCAUUGAUUCAAUGCUUUCCUAUGGGAAGGCCUGUGCAUGUGCAUUAGGUUCUCCAUCAGCGAUGACGUCUCUGCCAGCAGAGAGAGACCUAGGCGCUGAAAUAAGGUGAGCGUAAAAAAGUGUUUUUAACCUUUUAUUUACUCGGAAGUGGGGCUGGAGAGCAUCACUUUAGUUUUAGAAAUGCAGCUUUCGUUCUUUUAACCCCUUAAGGACCAAACUUCUGGAAUAAAAGGGAAUCAUGACAUGUCACACAUGUCAUGUGUCCUUAAGGGGUUAAAGGAGUACUCCAAAUGUUAAAAUGGAAUAAUAAAACACAAAUGUGUCUUCUAGGCUGGUGUCACUUUUAAAUAAUUUAUACAAAGGUGACAUCAUCUAGCUUUUCAUUCUAAGAACCAUGUUGGGAUCUUGCCAGAACAAUAAUAAAUGAUUCACAUUGGGUGUGAUAUUAACAUUUAUUUAUGUUUUGUUUUUUACUUUUCUAGAAGCCCUCGAUGCAAUACUUGUAUACAGCGCAAGUGCCACAGAGCUCCUGAAACGAAGGAAGGUUCACCGUGAUAUCAUUUUUAAAUAUCUUGCUACACAACAGAUUUCUGUGCUUCCAUCAAGUGAUAAGAAUCAACUUAUCCAGCAUGCUAUAGAGUAUUGGAAAGACCCAGUGAAAAAUCCCAAAUUGUCUUCCAAACCUCAGGUCAGUAGUCCUAACUAAGCAAAGCAAUGUAACUCCACCUCUGGCAGAUUGUCAUUUGGCCAUUAUUAGCCAGCCUGAAAUAGUAGUUUUGGGUCGCUAAUGGUAAUUUUAUGCAUAUUGGAUGUCUUACAUUAGAACAUGCUGCAUGCUAGCAUGGUCCCACCUUUCCAUGCCAUUCAUGGUUGAAGUAACCCUGGCCUCUCUACAAAUUAGUGAACUUUUUACUAGGCUGUUUACAUGUAGAUGGCAAUGAUAAGAUGAGAAUGCUGGUUACAGGCUAGUUGUCAGUAUGCAGUAAUAUAUAGAUAUUAAGACUAUUGUGUUGUGUGUGUUUUUUUUUUUGUUUUUUUUACUUAUUAAAUGUUCUACAGAAUUGAAUUUUUUUUUUUCAAAGUUAUAAUUUUAAAAACAAUUCUAUGUUUACAGGCAAAGACAGAAGACAAAUCACACCUUGGGUCACUUGACUGUCAGUUGCUUGGAGAGCAAUUCUGCAAAUGGUUCUAUCAACUUCUUAACUCUCAGAACCCAAUGCUAGGACAUGAGAAGGGUGAUUGGGGACCUCAGCACUUCUGGGAGAAUGCGGUCUUGAAGUUUUCUUACAGCACAACAGAGGAAAACAUGGAAGAGUACAAUGGAGCCCAAAUGACUAGUCUUCGUCUGCUUGCUCUCACACGAGAGGAAAGGCUAGUUUUUAAUCCUAAUGUAGAUUCCAAAGGGUUAAAAUGUGUGACAUCCCCUCAUGGACUAGUUGUUGUUGCAGUUGCUGGGACAAUUCAUAGAAACAAUUUAUGGCUUGGAAUAUUUGAACAAAUAUUUGGGCUCAUUCGCUGUCCAAUAGGUGAAAAUUGGAAAAUCCGGUUUGUUAAUCUUAAAGUUUUUGGACAGAACACCACUGGCUCUGUGGACUCUCCUCCCAUGCCUUCAAUUCAAUACAAAACAAACGAAUUAGAAGUUUUUUACAGUUAAAACCUAUUUUAUCACAGUGUCCUCUAAAUACCAUAUGAUCAUUUCCCAUGAAUGCUUUAUACUCCUUAAACACAUUUCUUACAGGAGAAAAGAAACGUUGUAAUUAGUAAUUUUAAUUUAGAAAAGAAUAUUGACAAGAAUGUCUGUCUUUUUGAUUUCUUUGAUAAAUCAUUUUGAUGACCUUCACAGGGUGGAUAUGUAUAUUAAAGAUAACCUUUAAAAACAAAUGCAUUGUUAAGUUUCAUACAUGUCAUGGGACCUGCUGCAUUUAUAUAUAAAAAUACACACUAAUCGCAUGUUUUAUGUAAAGAAAACUUGUUUAAGAGUUUCAACAAAGGGGGAAAUAUUUGUUUUUAUUACCUUUUUCAUUGUUGGUUGAAUGCUGUUCACAUUGGUUGCUGUAUACAUCUGGCUUGCAAAGUUGAAAAACAUCUGGUUACUUCAUGAAGCAGAUUGUGCCCUUGCAGACUCACUAGUCAAUUAUCAGCCGGUUAGGAAUUCAAUCACUUGUUUCUAUUUAUGCUGGCCUAGCCACACCUCCCUUGGCUGUAACUGACAAAGCCUGCAUGGAAAAAAAAGUUUCGUUUUCAAGUAGAUGUUAACUUGCUUUAAACAUUUUCUCCUGCUCUGUAAAUUAAACUUUAAUCACACACGGGGCUGCUGCAGGAUUUACUAGGUUAUAAACCCACCAUGAGAUAAGAAACUCAUAAUUAAACAGUGUGCAAUAAAGGAAGUUUAAAUAUUAGAUCUCUCUCUUUACAGGAAGUGUUUAGGAAGACUGUGUGAGUGACAUGCAGGGUUAAGCUUGCAUAAACAAUGAUUUAAAGGACCACUAUAGGCACCCAGACCACUUAAGCUUAAUGAAGUGUUCUGGGUGCCAGGUCCAGCUAGGUUUAACCCUUUUUUCUAUAAACAUAGCAGUUUCAGAGAAACUGUUAUGUUAAUAAUAGGGUUAAUCCAGCCUCUAGUGGCUGUCUCAUUGACAGCUGCUAGAGGCGCUUCCGUGCUUCUCACUGUGAUUUUUACAGUGAAAAGACGCCAGCGUCCAUAGGAAAGCAUGGUGAAUGCUUUCCUAUGGACUGGCUGAAUGCGCAU